AUGUGUGACGAAAAAGAAAUCAGAGCAGCUUUCGACGUUGCGGUGGAGCUGGUGAAACAAUGUAAUCAAAUAGUAUUGGAGGCAUUCCGCUCUGCCUCCAAGCGGGUUGAAGUGAAAGGUAAACACUGGGAUUUAGUAACCGAAUACGAUCAACGUGUAGAGAACAUCUUGAUUGCCGGAUUGCAGCAACACUUUCCUCAUCACAAGUUCUGUGCAGAAGAAUCAUCAUUUGCAAACGGGACCCAACUGGAGCUCGGUCCAGAACCUACAUGGAUAAUUGACCCAAUUGAUGGGACGGUCAAUUUCGUACGAGGCAUUCCUUUCACGUGUAUUUCCGUUGCUUUAGCGGUCAAUGGUGAAAUUCACAUAGGUAUUAUAGCGAAUCCUACGACCAACGAAAUCUACACCGCCGUUAGAGGGCAAGGGUCUUUUUUGAAUGGUUCCCGCAUCGAAACACGCGGAACGAAAGAGCUGAAGGAAGCUUUAGUGGGACAUGAAUUUUCAAUCGGAAGCUACAAACCCAUUCGGGCAGCUCUUUUUGAGCGCGGUCAACGAUUCAUCAAAGAAUGCGUUGGGUUGCGUGCCUUUGGUUCAGCUGCCCUUACAUUAGCAUACAUUGCUAGUGGACAGAUAGAUGUGUACAGUAUACAGUUUCUUAAGCCAUGGGACAUUGCUGCAGGCUCUUUGCUUAUCCAGGAAGCUGGAGGCACGGUCAUUAGCAUCACAGGCGGAAAAUACGACAUCAUGAAGCCGGAUAUUAUAGCCGCCAGCAGCGAGCCAUUGGCACAGAGGGUACUGCAAGUUAUACGUGAAGUAGAUGAGGAUUUGCUACAACUAAAGCCAACGUAG